AUGGAACGUAGGCUGUCUCGUGACCCUGACUUACAAAAGGAAUACGCGAAUUUUAUGACAGAUUACUUGGACGCCGGUCAUAUGUCUUUGGUUCCCGGGAAUGAACUCAGUCAGGGGAAAUAUUAUAUUCCACAUCAUUGCGUUUUGCGUCCUGACUCUGCUACCACCCGUCUCCGCGUUGUCUUUGACGCGUCGGCCAAGGAUGCCCACUCUCGGUCUUUAAACGACACUCAACUAAUCGGUCCCAAGUUACAACCGAACAUUCUAGAAAUUCUAUUGCGAUUUAGGGUACAUAAUAUUGUUUUUAUGGCUGAUGUUCGACAAAUGUACCGUCAAAUUCUUAUUUCCCAAGCCGAUCGUGACUACCAGCGCAUUUUUUGGAGAACCACUCCUACAGAAUGUCUUCAAGAAUACCGUUUGAAUACUGUAACAUAUGGCGUUUCAUCUUCACCCUUUCUUGCGUGUCGUACUCUGCGACAGCUUGCCGAGGACGAGGGCAAUCAGUAUCCCAUAGCAAAGGGAAUCAUUCUGUCUGACGUAUAUAUCGACGACGUGGCCAGUGGUUCCGACACGCUAGAACACGCCCAACAGGCAAAGGACCAACUAAUCGCCUUGUUCAAAUUAGGUGGCUUCCAUCUUAGGAAGUGGGUGUCUAACAAUGCGCAACUUCUGCUUGACCUCCCUAUUCAAGAUCGUCUCACUGGUUCUGUCUCUCUCGAUAACUAUGAAACUCAAAUUUUAAAAAUUCUCGGCCUAAAAUGGGAUCCUCACACAGAUGCAUUUCUUUUCGAAAUCCAACCUCUCGACCGGCCUUGUACCAAACGAUCGAUUCUCAGCGAACUAGCUAGAGUGUUCGACCCUCUAGGAUUUUUGUCUCCCAUUACAAUUCAAAUCAAAACCUAUAUCCAGAAACUUUGGAUCCUUGGUAUCGGAUGGGAUCAAACACCGCCUGAUGAGGUCAUUGCGGCCGGGCCCGCAGGCAACAGCUAG